GCCUGGCGCGCGCCACCUCGCGCGGACGGACCGACGUCCUUCCGCCCGCGCCCGGGCCUCGCGCCGCCGGACUGAAUCACUCCCAACCAAUCAGAACUCCUGAAUUUUUCUAAGUCUUUGGAGGAUAAAAGAUGUGCCAUGGAAUGAUAGCACCAAAGAGCAACCCAGGAGUGCCACUUGCUUUGACCAGUCAUGGAUUAUUUCUUCCACUAGUUAUCUUCAGUACAUUCAUCUUGGAGGGCCAGGCCUCAGUUUGUCCCCGGCCACCAGAGCCUGAGAAUGGAGGCUACAAAUGCCACCCAACUCCAUGCAGAGAGCCUCUGAUAACUGACAGUGUCAUAGAGUAUUUCUGUGAUGAAGGCUACAUGCUGAAGGGAGGUUACAACUUCCUGACCUGUGAGAAUGGAGAGUGGAAUCCAACCAUGGAAGUUAGCUGUAGGCUCAGCGAAGGCAAAGAUUCUCCCCCAACGAUUGGGGUGCCCACCUUGUCCAUCGUGGCCUCCACAGCAAGUUCAGUAGCUCUGAUCCUGCUCCUCGUGGUGUUGUUUGUUUUGCUGCAGCCAAAGCUGAAGUCCUUCCAUCACAGCAGACGUGACCAAGGUGUGUCUGGGGACCAGGUUUCUAUCAUGGUGGAUGGUGUCCAAGUGGCUUUGCCGUCGUAUGAAGAAGCAGUCUAUGGCAGCGCAGGGAACUGCAUUCCACCCUCGGAUUCACGGGUGCAGAUCGUGCUGUCAGAGGGAGCUGGGCAGAGUGGAGCAAGAGAGAUGCAACAGCAGCAUCACCAGCUGCAGGACCAGGGAGCUCGUAAUGGCUUCACUGGGGAGGAUGAGGCCCCAGGACGCUCUGGACUGUAUGAAGCCAGUGGCUCUCAGCGCUCUGAGACUGUUCUUGUGCACCAGGCCACCACCUCUUCCUGGGUAGCUGGUGUGGCUAGCAGCAGGCCUGUGCACCAAGAGGCUCAAGACUCAGAAAACAGUGACAUACAAAGCCUUUUAUCACUUACUUCCUCUGAGGAAUAUACAGAUGAUAUUCCAUUGUUGAAGGAAGCAUGAGGCCUGCUGCACUUGUUUAGCCUUCUUCCUCUUGGUUUCUCCUUUCUUCCUUGGGAUGCAAGCACUCUGUGCAACCUUCCCCACCCUUGCGAGCUGUGCCCUGGAUACCUCCAAGCAGAGACCCCUCACCUCAUGAUCCAAAGGAUGUCGCCAGGUUGCCUCCUCAAUGCGCAACUGGGGUUGGUGCAGUUCUGGCCUCCCCAUUCCAUCUGCAUUACAGGCUCAAGUAAUGUAAUGAAGUUGAGCUCUUCCCUCUUCCCUCCCCCAGCCAGUUGUUUGACAGCAGUCUCUGCAGAGCUGCUAUUUACUUGUGCCUUUCUCCUUCUCACACUGGCUUGUUGCAGCUUCUCACAGGCCUCGCAAGCUCUUCUGCUGCACAGAAUGCAGGGGCCAAGGACUACUUGCUCACUGAGUGCAGAUGUGGUUUAUAUAUAGGCUCUUCUUCCAGCAUCCCCUUGCAUCUAGGACAGGACAGGAUUCCCUCAGACUGCCAAGCCUGGGCUUGACUGAAGUUCCAGAAUGGGUAAUCUACACUAUCCAACAGUGUUCAGCAUUGUUAAGAUGAAGUGGUGCCCUCUGUUACUUAGUUGCCCAAUAACAAGUUAUUGGGUAUUGCUAGCGAUGGUAAAAACAGAGAACUCUGGUGUCUUUUACAGGUUUCUGGGGAUGCCUUCUGUCCCUUACAAAAUCCUGCUGAAAAAGCAGCAUGAUUGUAAAUCUGCAGGUUUCCACUCCAGAAUCCCAAUAUCACUCCAUAAUCCACUUGGUAUUUUUGUGUCUAGAAGUCUGGGGCUGUGUUUUCACUGAAAACUAUUAGCAGUUCUUCCAGGGUUGGGCUAGUGUAGGGGCAGCUUCAGGUGUUAAUCUGAGAUAAUUUCUGAGCGUGGCCAGCUCUCAACAAGGCCAAAAGCAAGCAGAUUGAUAGUACUACUUGGAUCCUCUGAUUUGCAUUUUAACCAAGCCUAUGGUAACUGGAGGUUAGCCACAUUCAGUUGACACCAGUGUGCGCUAGGAUUGAGCCUUGACAUCUCUAAAGCCCUGCUUUUGAGGGCUUCAAGUGGCUCUGGCUAGGUUUACAUAGUACAUUUUCCAUCCUGAGUAGCAGCCCUCAUUCACAUUGUGCUACUCUGGAUGGGCUGCUUCCCAAACAGAAAGUAGUGCAAGGGCAGUUAAAUAGCACUGUUGAGUGAUGGAGCCAGUUAGCUCACCCAUGGAGCCAUGCAGAUGGGACUACAUUGCUUCUGGUUUUAAAGAGGUCCUACUUGGGCCAUCAUGUCAGAAGGUGCUGCCAUGGGGUGGGGUGGGGGAGCACUGUAAGGGGCAGCAAGUUUGCCCUUUAGUUUACAGCCCUUGAAACUUUGAAUAAAUAGUAAGGGCUUGUUCCUGCUUCAGCUUGUAAGCCACCAACCCCUAGAACUUUACAUGACUUUAAAACGAAAAACUAUGUCAGGAAUACUUUCCCCUCCCUUCAUUCUGCUCCCCUCUCCCUCAAGCAGCAUAAGGGCUUUUCAUGUGCCUCCUGACCUCACAAACCCUCCUUAUGUUUGAAAAAUGUGGUCAGUGGGGG